AUGCGUCUGGGGGUGAGGUGGGGGGUUGGCGGGGAGUGUCGGUCUUGUUUUCAUUUUGGUAGUGUUUGGCUUUUCUUCGGCUGUGGGGAUAGGGUCUGCUUUGUUUCUUUGUGGCGUUGGGCUCGUCCUUUUUGGUGUGCUCUCUGUUGGGGUGCGGUCGUUUUCUUGUUGUGGUUGUGGUGCGCUGUGUUGCUUGUGGGUUGGUUGUUUGCAUACGUUUUGCUCUGGGUGCGUCGUUGGGUCAUGGGGUGUGGGGGGGCGACGUGCCGGGAUGGGGCGGGUGUGGUUCGAGGGCCGAGUUGGCAGCAGUGGCGGAUGCGGGGUUGGGCGGUUGGGUAG